UCGCCGGCGCUCACUUGAAUCCUCGCCGCGUGUUUGUCGGGCGAUUCGCCUUGAAAGAUCCGAGUGGUCCGAGAACGACGGCGGCCGGGGAGCCUACAUCUGGACCGGAAGUCUCUCGCGAGACCGAGGCACGGACACAUCGAUCGUGAAAUUAAUCGUGCUUCGUAUAUAAAAUACCGCAUCACGUGUCAGUCGCGAGAUACACGCACGUGACCUGUCAAUACUCUUUCCUGUCAAAUCGCGAUCGUGUCCCCCGGGGGUGUUCUCGAGUACAUAAUGCGGAGUGCGAAGGAAAGCGGCAGCAGAAUCAGUCGUAUAGGGACAUCGCGCGCGAAAAUGUCCCGGUGGAUCGUCAAGUGUCCGAAGUGAUCUAACUCAACAAGGUCAGUCCCUCUCGGGGAUUCUGACGGAUUUCCUGUCGGAGAGCAACGUCGAGCGACUUAUCGUCAAGGACGAUCGAAUCGAUUUGAAGUGGCGAUUCCGCGACAGCGAUCGAGGGACGAUUAUUCAACGUAUAUCGUAUAUAGAUGCGGAGUCGCUCGAGAACGCUCGAGGAUAAGGUAGCAAAGGUUCCCGCGGGAUCCUUCUUAAAAUCCUCGUGAACGACGCAUCGAGUGCCGAUCGACGAUCCGUCGAACAAUCGAUGCACCAAUGCCGCGAAACGAUCCACGACGGCCGUCGGUCGUCGAGCUGCCAGGUGACAGUCGUCGCGUGCCGAUCGGAGAACUUGGCGCCGACGCGUGCACGGAAGAUGGAAGUAAGAUCUCGCGUUCGUGCGUCCGCGUGGAGUACUAAGGGCUGAAGUUUCGGAGUUCCGGUGGCCUACUUCGGCUCUGUCCUCCAGACGGAGGGCGCGCGAGGAUGUCCGAGAGAUGACUGGGUAUUGUGAGGAGGAGAGGGCGCAGUGACUUUGAGGGUUGCUGCCACCUCGGUUUGGUGGAAUGGAGAUGAACGGCACCGAAAGCAGCCUGAACGGCACCGAGGUCAAUCGGACUUCCGCGCCUAUUUUCACCAUCGGUACGGAUUUCAUCACACAAUGGAAACUGAAGAGACAACGGGAGCGUCUAUGUCGGUACGUGUACAACCAGAUUUUGACAGCAGAAUGUACUCAGUUAAAUAGAACAUGGCCUGACCCGGAUGACCCGCGCUGGAACAGUGGUGAAUACGCGGAACUUCUGCCCGACUGGUUCCCGACAAACGCGACGAAUGCCUCGGCUUUCGGAAAUGCAACGACUUCGUCGACGUUGGAUGAAUCUCUGACGCCCGUUUUGCCACCAUUCACGCUCUGGCAGACGGUUCUGAUUGCUAUCUGUCUGGCAAUAUGCAUACUGCUAACCAUUGGCGGCAAUAUCCUCGUUCUUCUGGCAUUUAUCGUAGAUAGAGCCAUCAGACAACCGAGUAAUUAUUUCAUCGCGUCAUUAGCUGCCACUGAUAUGCUUAUCGGCACCGUGUCGAUGCCAUUCUACACAGUCUACGUGCUGAUGGGAUAUUGGAAUCUGGGACCUCUUCUCUGCGAUCUAUGGCUGUCAGUGGAUUAUACAGUAUGCCUGGUGUCUCAGUAUACGGUUCUGCUAAUCACGAUCGAUCGAUUCUGCUCGGUAAAGAUAGCCGCGCAGUAUCGCAGCUGGCGAACGAAGCAGCGCGUGAUCUGGAUGGUGACCAUUACCUGGAUCAUACCGGCGCUACUGUUUUUCAUCAGCAUCUUCGGCUGGGAGCACUUCAUCGGUUACAGAGAUCUGAAUCCGGGCCAGUGCGCCGUACAAUUCCUCAAGGAUCCGGUGUUCAACACCGCGCUGAUAAUCGGAUAUUAUUGGACGACUCUGAUCGUCCUGUUCAUUCUUUACGGCGGCAUAUAUAAGACCGCCUACGACAUGCAAAAGAAGAGCGAGGCUAAGCAGCGGAAGAUGCAGUCGAUGGUCGCGCUGAGCGCCGGCGCGAUGUCCGGUAUGGCCGGUCGUGCCGCUGGUAUAGGUAUUUCCAAGACUCAGAGCACGUUGUUGAGUCAGGACAAGCCAAAGAUCGGCGUCACGGCGGUGGACGAUGAUUCUACCAUUGGUGGGGACGCGACGGCUACGCAGAAAAUAAUCGCGAAGAGCGUCGAUGCCGUAAGAGGCGCGUCGGAUGCGGCGAAUAAAACUAUCACCGCGAGUAUCACGGUGAUGGAAACCGAGAAAUCCGAACGCUCCAGCAGCCCGGCGUUCGAUUCCGACGAGGAAAGCACCGCCGGCAACGCUCAGCAACUCAACACCAUCAGAAAACGAUCCUCAUUAGCAGGCUUGGUAGCUCAAUCCGGCGCUCUUCAGGUCUUCGCCUCAAAUGGACGUCUCAACGGCAUCGGGCCGGUCAAGGUCGAGCUGAGUGUACCAACGACGAGAAGAUUGUUGCCGACGACCAGUCCUACGCGCGACGUUGCGACGCAGAAAGCUCAAACACUGCCCAAGAUACAGGAGCUCAGUCUCCUGGACACCGACAAUCCGGUCGAGCCCGACAAGUCCAGCAGCUGUACGCUAACGCCCGAGCAAUCCUUAAAAUCGAACGACGCCGACGGCAAUCAACAAUCGAUUACCUCGCUCGAGGCAACGCCGCCCGCUCAACUUAAACGCGCGUCGAUCAAUAGCGUUCAGCAGAACAUCAUCCCGCCGCCUACGCAGUUCCAAAGCAGUCCGCCCGUGUCGGACAGCCCGACGACGUCCUCGUCGACCGACAGGCCCAGGUCGUUGAUCGUACGUACCCACGGUCAAGGCACGUACGAUAUUCUUACCGGUCUCGACGGUGGUGAUUUACGAUACAUGGACGAGAGCUCCAUCAUUCUGCCUAGUCCCUCUUACGAGAGUCCGCCGUCUUCCUUUUCCUGCAGUUUGGCGAAUCCAUUGUCGACGGCACCUCCGUCGCCUAGCCUGGGCAACGCCGUGCCAGCCGGCGCGAGCACCAGUUUGUUGCAAACCGCUCUUAUCAGGGCAACGGCGCAGCAAACUGGUACCUGUCAACUAGCGCAAAGCAAAAAGCAUCAUCAACCAACGAUGUCGAAUGCAUCGAGUCAAACGCAUCCGCCGCGCGUGUUCAUCACACAUCAGACCAACGUCGCGUCGCAGACCUCGCCUAUCAGCAAGGUACACACGGAGGUCUCCGUUAAGGCCGACAAGACGAAGCAUCAACCCGUUACUACGGUGGUAACGACAACCGUGGCUGUUCCGCUGGAUUCGUCCAACAGCCCGACGGAUCGAUUCUCGGAUCAGCCUACUAAAGGGAGUAGUACUCUACCACAAAACUCGUCGUCCAGCAGCAUAAUGCCGAUGGUCUCGGUUACAAACAGUCAGGAGACGAAGGUCCAGUCCAAGAAGAAGAAAGAGACUUCGGAUACGGAGCAAAGCGGCUCUAGACGGGAUUUUGUUAAAUCCAUCGGGAAACGAUUGAAGGCCAAAACGCAGAAGAAAGAUCCCACGAUAGGUCGGCAAAAAUCACGAACGGAGAAUAGGGCGCGCAAAGCCUUUCGUACGAUUUCCUUCAUUCUGGGCGCGUUUGUCGCUUGCUGGACCCCUUAUCACGUAUUAGCGCUAGUGGAGGGAUUCUGCGCGAAUCCACCGUGCACGAACGAGCACCUUUUCAUGUUCUCAUAUUUUCUGUGCUACGCCAACAGUCCCAUGAAUCCAUUCUGCUAUGCUAUGGCGAAUCAGCAGUUUAAGAAAACUUUCACCAGGAUACUGAGGGGUGAUCUGCAUAUGACGUAAGGCACCGCAAACCGUAUCAGGAUAUACUCUCGUCUCGAUAAUGUAGCUAAUUGUAGCCAACCACGGACUCUUUGCAUAGAGAAGAUGGCCUUCCAUACUUGAUACCGAAUUAUACUCACACGUCUGUAAAACUGUGUUGAACUCCGGACAAUAAUAAAACGAGAAUAAAAAUGUUAAGACUUGUCGGCGAAGUCAGAUGUUACCCGCCUUUUGUACAUAAUUUAUCGUUAGCGCGCACGAGCCGAUCAAAAGUCGUAUUCGUAUGUAUAUAUGCUGUACACAUGUGUGAAUAUAUUUAUUAAUGUGCGUAAUGUGUAAUGUGCUGAGAAUGUACGCCUAGGUGUAUAUGUACAAGUAGCAUUAAGCAAAAUUAUAUGUGUACCAUGAUAAUAAAUACACGUUGCUAAAUCGAAUGCAUUCCUAAUAUUUGCGAUUCAAACGGAAUAAUGAUCCGUAUGCUAAUGUAAUAUCAUAAAGAGAGCUUGCGAAAUUUAACGCUACGUAGGACGCACGUUAAUUAAAAUAAUAUAAUAAUGAAAUCAAUAGUAAAAAAUUUUAGUCGUAGAAUCGAACGAAAGUAUCGUUCGUUACGAAAGACGAAAAGUGAAGAUAUUAAAUAUAUAAAAUAUUAUCCGACUAUUUAUCAUAUAUGAAUUCCGCCGUAUUAAAAAAUAGAAAAUCUUUUCUCGGUGCAAUAAUUUCGCGCGCUACGUUAUGUAUUAAUUUCCACCUCACGUGUUAUUUGGCAUGUUACAUUUGUGUGUAUGUGUGUGUAUUCACGAACAACGUAUCAGCUCGAGAUAGCUCGCCUCGUAGAAGUACCGAGCAAUUGACGAUUUUCUUAUGGCUCUCGAUCAUAGAUCGGAAUAUACACUGCCUUGAGAUGGCCUAAUGCGCAGGCCUUUCCUCUUCGAAUUUUGUGACACUUGGUACUCUUCGUGCAAACGAGCUCCCAUCGAUGUCUGAUUAAUGUUUUGCGACAUUAUUUGUAUUUGUCGUGAUGAUGUGGAAAAUAUUUUAAUGAAUUUUUAAAAUUAAUUAUUUAGUUCAUAUGUUGGCCAAUCAUUUC